AUGUCGGUUUUCUUCUUGCAGUUUCCCACUGCCCUGCUGUGUGGUGAGAUCAGGAAAGCUUACGUUGAGUUCUGCAACGUUAGUGCGGUUGCUCUAUGUGGUCUCCGUGUGGCUUCGACACAUCCUGAUUUCUUCACAUUUGGCAGCCAACCCAACCCAGGCUCUACUGAGAACUGCUCAGCCUAUGCAACUUUUCCUACACCACUUCAGCCAGACUCAAUGUCCUCCGAGAUGUUGGUUUCUGCUCCUGAUUUCAGUCAACCCUCUGGGGUAACGGAAAUCCCAAUACUUGGCAGUACACUACAACCAGGGGAGUCCAUUCAAUUGCCUCUGUGGCUCCGAGGACCAGACCGGGAAGGAGUCCAUGAAAUCAACUUUCUGUUCUACUAUGAGAGCACAGAGAAAGGACCGAAAAUCAGUCAUCGAGUGUUGCGUCACACAGUGUUUAUCUGUGCCAGUCGGUCUUUGAGUGUACAGGCCUCCGCCUGCCGCAGCAGUGCUUCCCCACAUCACUCUGUAGAUGACAAAGGCAUUGGAGGGACACUUGUUUUUAUUGAUGUGGAGAACGUGAAUGCGAGUGAAAGUGAUGUCCAUGAGUUUCACAUUGUCCAGGUGUCUAGCAGCAGUCAGCACUGGUGUCUCCACAAGUAUAUCAAUCCGUACAACAAUUAUGAUUGCAGACUGAGCAGUCGAGAAAGAGCUAAGCUAUGUUUUAAGGCCAUGCGAUGCAAACCCCAUGAAGGCUCUGAUGCUGUAAAGGAAUACACUUUUUCAGACCUAAAUCUUGGAAAUCAAAGGAUCAUCAGUUCUUCCACACCAUGUGGAGAUUUCUUCUUCCGUUGCCUUCAGAGCUCUGAGUUUCAACAAGUGAAUUUAACAACCAGGACAUCCUUCAGCAGCAAAAGUCAGGGCCCUCCCCCCACUGACACUGGUUCCGACAUUACAAGUAUUGCCAAGAAAUGUAACGAGAUUGACCUUAAUAUAAUUGUCAUCUGGAAGGCAUAUGUUGUUGAGGACAAUAAACAGCUCAUCUUAGAAGGCCAGCUUCAUGUGGCCCUGCAGACAAUUGGCAAAGAGGCCAGUUCUCUGAUUCCCAAAGAGGAAGCUCCAGAGAUGAUGCUUCUCAGGUUUAAAUCGGACUUGCCUUCUUCAGUCAUUCUGCCUUAUCUAGAGCUUUCCCAACUCAUCAGAACUAACCUCUGCUAUCCUGAAACCUUUACACAUCCGUUUGUCAAAGACAGCCUUUGCUUAGUCCCAGUAACUCUGACUUUGUCCAACUGCUCCUUGGCUCAAAUAGAUGUCAUCGUUGAACUGAGACACAAAAGCACCAGUUCAGAGUCUCUGGAGGUCCACAGCUCGUUUGCUUGGGUGGGUCAGACUCAGUACAAGCUACAGCUGGGCCGGCGUGAGGUGGUUAGCCUCACACUGCAAGCCUGUUUCUUUCGUGCUGGGGUCUACAACUUGAACACACCGCGGGUUUUUGCCAAGCCAGCUGAACAAAGCACAAUGUGUGAAGCAAGUCAGCAAACGGCUUGUCCUGCUCUCAUCAUCAUCAACAAUGCCUGUCCUCUCUUGUCGUGAAGGGACAGUAGUCAGCGACACACCAUGUGGAUUUGGCUGACACAAGAACUACUUAAGGCACACCUAUGACUUUGUAACAGAAAUAUUGGUCAUAAGUGUGAAAAGUGAAACAGAUGUCCACAUAUGAACCUUUGUUUCAUCAACUAACAAACAGUGUGUGCUUUACUAGUUAACUUCCUGUCUUACACAUAGCCCUCCCCUAACCUCUCCUUCCUCAUCCUCCCCUAAUGUGUUUGCUUGUUUAUCCUGAGCAACUCUAGCUUAAACUUUUCUAUGCUUGCUAACUAAAAUGUCCCAGAAAUGUUGGUGUCUGACCAGGUUGUUUACUUCAAAUAACAGCAUAGACUUAAAAUUGCGGAACUGCAUCAACAUUUAGAGACAAAAAUUCAGUUUGAUUGGUGCCGUCUAGUUGGCGCAGCCACUGUUUUCAUGUACUGCGGGUUGAUGCUGUCUAUCUGAACCCUGGAGGAAUCACUUUCAAGCCACUUGAAAGUGGCUGAUGUUAUUUUUCAGGUAUUGUAAAAUCCUGUGAAGGCUGAUUACAUCCUGAACAGUGUAGGCAGUUUGUCUGAAUACUGGGAUCAAAGGCCUAAGAGUGAUCAGGGAUCUUUAUUAUAACAAACUAUCAGUUGCUUUAAUGUGCAACAGAUUUUUUUUUCAUCCAAGUACAGACGGCCUGUCUAUAGACCUGACAACAUUUUGGAAAAUUAUUUCUUUCCUGUUAGCAUUUAGAUGUUAAAAUAAAAGUAAUGAUGCUGGCGAAAGGCUGUAUUUUUCUUAGUAUAUUCAGAGUGUAGAAUUAUUUAUCAAACAAUUAAUCAUUAACAUUAACACAUAUGUACAACUGGAAGUAAUACUUUAAAAAUCCACCAUGAAAUGUUUGUUGUGUACAUUAACACUGUUUGAAACCACACUGCCAUUUAAUUAGUGAAUUGGUCUGAUUUAUAUUUUCCACCAUUAAACAUUAAAUUAAACAAUC